AUGGCAGGACGUGAAUCGGGUCGCAUACGGGAAGCGGAUAAAAAGCGCACCCUAGACGAUGCCGCACGACAAAGACGGGCACGGAAAGCGCUCGAAGCACUAGAGCAGGACAACUUCCACGAAGAUCCACACGCAGAUCUGGUCAUGUCGAAAAAAGUGCCCAAAUUUAGUGACAAUCUCGAUGGUGGUGGACCAAGCAGGAAGAAAAAUCGUCGCACGAAGGGUGCCGAAUACUAUCGCGCCAAGUAUCGAAAAACGUUCCCCCAGCUGUUGGACGAAGAGAAACAGCAACGGCCCGAUCCGCCGAAUUAUUUUAGUGCUGCUGCACCACCUUCCCGUUUGCCGGAGCGGCAUUUUUGUGCGGUUUGUGGUUUCCCAUCCAGCUACACGUGUACAGCGUGUGGGACAAGGUAUUGUUGUGUGCGUUGCUUGGGUACGCAUCAGGACACUCGAUGCUUGAAAUGGACCGCUUAA